AUGGUCAUGGAUGAUACACUGGCUGCGGAUACUGCGCUGCCGGAGAAGGCUGCCGGAGCUCAUGAUCAGGGUAGUGACAGGCCUGGGGAAGGAUAUGAGCCUGUCAGGACCCUUACAGGUUGGAAGUGGGCUCUCGCCUAUGCCUCUUUGAUGUCGACUGUCCUACUCUUCGCCCUCGACAAUACCAUCGUUGCAACCAUUCAGCCCACAAUUGUUGAGACUUUUGGCCACCAAGAGGAUUUGGCAUGGAUCGGAGUCAGCUUUGUGCUAGGUCAAUCCCUCAUUCUACCAAUUGGAAAGUCUUUUGGCAUGUUCAACAUGAAGUUGGUCUUCCUCACGAGUCUGAUAUUGUUCGAAGGCGGCAGCGCCAUCUGCGGAGCAGCGCCAAAUAUGGCUGCCCUUAUAAUCGGCCGUGUCAUUGCAGGCAUUGGCGGAAGUGGCUUGUACGUUGGAGCCUUAACUUACAUCAGCGUCCUGACCACAACGACCGAACGUCCCAUCUACCUCGCUGGAGUCAUGACUGUGUGGGGCGUCGGAAAUGUCUUGGGUCCUGUCGUGGGCGGCUCACUAGCUGAGAGUUCUGCCACCUGGCGCUGGGGAUUCUACAUCAACCUUCCCAUUGCCGGUUUAUUUGCUCCGGGGUUCGUCUUCCUCCUUCCCAGCAUCAACGCCAUGCCCGAAACCUCGCUCAGGAAGAAGCUCGGUAUGCAGGACUGGGUCGGUAUCUUUAUUUUUACUGCCUUCUGUGCCUGCUUCUGUAUGGCUGGGAGUUUUGGUGGUACCCUCUACGCCUGGGAUAGUGAAUCCGAGAUCGCUCUCUGGGUCAUGACCGUGCUGCUGUUGAUUGCUGUUGUUCUCGUCACAAUAUUCCACCCCUUCGUUCCGCCCGAGGGCAGAAUGAUGCCAGUUCAGUUCAUGAAGACCAAGGACCUCAUCCUCCUGCCACUUCAGUCUUUCCUAGUGGCAGGAUCCAUGAUGAUGUCCAUCUUUUAUACCCCUCUGAUCUUCCAAUUUACAAAGGGUGAUAACGCGCUUCAGGGUGGAAUUCGUAUCCUACCUCUGAUUUGCAUGAUAGUCUUCGGUUGUCUCCUCAAUGGUUUUCUUAUGCCUAAAUUCGGAUACUACAUCCCUUGGUAUGUAAUAGGGAACGCUUUGUUGGUCACCGGCGCUGCAUUGAUGACCACGAUCGAUGCAGAGAUUUCCAACUCCAGCCUCUAUGGGUAUACUGUUCUCAUCGGGCUUGGGAUCGGCUGCUUCCAGAGUGCUGGGAUUGCCGUGGUGUCGGCACUCGCCCCUGCGUCCGAAGUCAACAAUGCAGUCUCCAUCAUGACCAUCUCGCAAGUUCUGGGAAUCAUCUUGGCCCUCUCUGUCUCCGGGUCUGUUUUCCAGAACAUGGCUCUGAGAUAUCUCGGCACGGCCUUGCCAGACGCUAACAUGUCUGAGCUCGGACAAUUGGUCACUGGAACGAGCGGUGAAUUCUACAAGAGUCUAGACACCGAUGAGAAAUUUGUUGUUGUCCAGCAGGUGACAGCCGCAAUCCGCGACAGCUUCUACUAUUUGUGCGGUGUUACUGCUAUUGGUUUCAUCACGUCACUGUUCCUUAGCCGGAAGAAGCUCUUCGUCGUGGAUGGCGUUGCUCCCCACUAG